GUAAGCAAAGAUGGAACACCAUUAACGGGUCUUAUUCAAGAUCAUAUCGUUGCUGGCACAGCAUUAACAAUGCGUGAUCGAUUUUUUGAAAAAUCCGAUUAUCAACAACUUGUUUACAAUGCUAUUGGAUCACAUUCUCGUCGAAAAAUUCUUUUAUUACCACCAUGUAUCUGGAAACCAAAACAAUUAUGA